UUGUUAGCAAAAGCUGUAAAGCAGUAUCAUGAAAAGACGUGUAUUCGAUUUGUACCACGUGCAGCUGGGGAAUCCGACUAUCUGUUCAUCGGAAAAGUUGACGGAUGCUUCUCGGAAGUUGGAAGAACAUCAGGCGUUCAAGUUCUUUCCUUAGACAACGGAUGCAUGGAAUACGCAACAAUCAUUCAUGAAAUGAUGCAUGUCGUCGGUUUCUAUCAUGAACAUGAACGAUGGGAUCGAGAUAAUUUCAUUGACAUCAUCUGGCAAAACAUUGAUAGAGGAGCCCUGGAUCAAUUCGGAAAAGUUGAUUUGAGCAAGACCUCAUAUUACGGACAGCCUUAUGAUUACAAAUCUAUCUUGCAUUAUGAUAGCUUGGCUUUCAGCAAGAAUGGUUUUCCAACCAUGUUACCGAAACAGAAAUCAGCAGCUAUUGGAAACGCAAAAGAUUUUUCGGAUGUUGACUUAGCUAAAAUUAACAGAAUGUACAGCUGCGACCGGAAAGAAUUGACUGCUCCAUUCGCAAGGGCUCAACAUAGCGUAGCUAUUUAUGCUCCAUCAGCUCACAAAUAUGACGAUCGACCAAAGCUUCCAUCAGCUUACUAUGGGAAUAUGGACGGUUAUAGUAACUCAGGAAAACAACAUACCGGCAGAGUAGAAUGCGAAGACAAAAUAACAGUUUGUUGGUGGUCAGCUGAUCGUUGCCGCUCUCCUAACAUCGCCUCCAUGAUGAUGACGUUGUGCCCAAAGACUUGUAGAUUCUGUUAA